GGACUCUUUAGUCUGAACUCUCGGGGGUUCGGAGUUCAUCCUCACCCACUCGAGAGCAAACACCAGCUCCCCCGGCCAUUCUCCCGUGCAUCAACCAGCGUGAACCAGCUCCAAAACAUGCCGGACACAAACUGGAUCGCGACGGCAUCCCCGCGUCUUGGCGAAAGUUUCCCGCACUACCCCGCAGCGGCGCAAUCCACUAUCUCGUUCUAGAAAGAUAUCCCGCGGCGAUGACGGUGCUUGAGUGGGAGCCGGUCAUCCGGGGCAUACUGAAGGAAGGAGAAGCUGUUCUUGGUGGUUUGCUCGGUAGAUGCUUUCGUGAGGGGUUCAUGGGAUAAAUAUGACCGUUGCUGCUCCAAGGCGCUCUUCAGUAAAUAGUUUGUCCUCAAUCGCCAAAGCUUCACUUUUUGCCCAGAUAAUAUCACCAUCAUGUCGUCCCCAACAAUGAAAGCUGUGAACUACCAAGGCCCUUACAAGGUCAAGGUCUCGGAGGUGUCGUUGCCCAAGAUUCAGCACCCCGACGAUGUCAUCGUCAAAGUUACCACUGCUGCCAUCUGUGGCUCAGACUUGCACAUGUACGAGGGAAGAACGGCUGCGGAGGCAGGCAUCACGUUCGGCCACGAGAACAUGGGAAUUGUCGAGGAGCUCGGAGCUGGUGUCACUCUUCUCAAGAAGGGAGACCGUGUCGUUAUGCCCUUCAACGUUGCUGAUGGCCGCUGCCACAACUGCGAAGAGGGACGAACAGCAUUCUGCACUGGCGUAAACCCUGGAUUUGCUGGUGGUGCUUAUGGAUAUGUUGCCAUGGGCCCGUACCCUGGCGGUCAAGCACAAUACAUCAGAGUUCCCUAUGCCGACUUCAACGCCCUGAAGCUUCCCGCCGGCAAGGAGUUUGAGGCAGACUUCAUUUUGCUUGCAGAUAUCUUCCCCACUGGCUGGCAUGGAAUUGAGCUCUCCGGCUUCAAGCCCGGCGAGAGCGUUGCUGUUUUCGGUGCCGGCCCUGUCGGGCUGAUGGCCGCCUACUCAGCAGUUCUCCGCGGCGCAUCAAGAGUCUACGUGGUCGAUCGCGUUCCCGAGCGUCUCGAGUCCGCAGAAAAGAUUGGAUGUACACCAGUGGACUUCACCAAGGGCGAUGCUGUUGAGCAAAUCAAGAAGUUGAACGGCGGUGAAGUCGACCGCUCAGUGGAUGCUGUCGGAUAUCAGGCAGUGAGCGCCGGUGGAAACACCGAGCAGCCCAACAUCGUGCUGGAGAACAUGAUCAAAGUCACAAGAGCAUGUGGUGGACUUGGCAUCCCGGGACUUUACGUUCCUAGCGACCCCGGUGCGUCAGAUGAUGCUUCAGCAAAGGGUAUGAUCAGCUUGAGCUUCGGCAAGCUCUUCGAAAAGGGACUCUCCCUUGGAACUGGACAGUGCAACGUCAAGGCGUACAACCGAUAUCUGCGUGACUUGAUCAUCGCGGGCAAGGCCAAGCCCAGCUUCGUCGUCUCGCAUGAGAUUAACAUCGACGAUGCAGAAGUUGCGUAUGAGAAGUUCGACAAGAGAAUUGACGGUUACACGAAGGUUCUCAUUCAUCCUAAUGGUGGAUUCUGAUCUUCAUGAUUGUACUUGGGAUCCGGGAAACGGCGGUUGUUGUCAAAUCGAAAAGCAAGAGGUGUGGGGGCGUUGUUGCUGAUGUUUGAUGGGAGGCAGGCGGUUACGUGGCAUAGCGAAGAAGUUUCUUUACCAUACCUUAGUAAGAUGAAGCUCAAUGGCUCGAAUAUGAACAAAACCUUGAUCGUCACAUUUGGAGUUCGA